CCAAAAUUCCAGUUCCUCUUUCCUGUUCAAUCCCUUUUUUUUUUCCGUCUCUCCGGCUUUGGGAGCCGCUCCCAGCCUGGCUGCGGCGUUGUUUGGCUCCGGAUUCUGUCUGUAAAUAAACCCUCGAGUCCUGAAGGCUUUUUUUAGCAGAGAAACACCCAGCGUGUGGUUCCAGGCCUCACAAAAAAAGGGAUUUUUCCACAUUUUCCAGCCCGGGUUCCACCCUGGGCUCCGUUUCCCCGCGCCAGGUGCCGCGGGGUUUUUAUUCCAGCCGAGUCACGGAUCGUGUUUGUGCCCAAAAUAGCCGGGAGCCGGGCUCGGAUCCAACCAAAUCCCCCACAAAUCACCUUCCUGCUGCCGGUGACAAAUCCCCGGGAUCCUCCCGGGCCGGCUGAGCCGAGCUGGCGGUGCCCGGCCCCAAUUCCCAGCGGCAAUUCCCGAAUUCCCAGGCGGCAGAGCGAUUUUGGGCAGGUUUCCCCUGGCCGCGGACCACCAGGGGUCGGCAGAAUUCCGCCUUGGGGUCAUUCCGGGAGAAUCCACCCAAAGCCCUCGCCCCGGGAUGGUGCCAGCAUGAGGAGGUGCUGCCAGGGCGUGGGGCUCCCAUGCCUGUUUAAGGGCGUGGGCAUGGCCGGCGCGCGGCCGCCGCGGUUCCUGCUGGUGUUCGACUUCGACGAGACCAUCGUGGACGAGAACAGCGACGACUCGGUGGUGCGGGGCCGGGCGCUGCCCGAGCCGCUGCGGCAGAGCCCGCGCGACGGCUCCUACAACGAGCACAUGCGGCGCGUGCUGGCCUUCCUGGGCGAGCAGGGCGUGCGCCCCGCCGAGCUCCGCGCCGUCUACGAGAACAUCCCGCUGACCCCCGGCAUGGCCGAGCUCUUCCAGCUCCUCUCCAAGCACCAGGAGCUCUUCGAGCUGGUGCUCAUCUCCGACGCCAACACCUUCGGCAUCGAGGCCAAGCUGCGCGCGGCCGGCGCGCGCUCGCUCUUCCGCAAGGUCUUCAGCAACCCGGCCGGCUUCGACCGGCGCGGCGUGCUCACGCUGGGGCCCUACCACAGCCACAAGUGCCUGCAGUGCCCGCCCAACAUGUGCAAGAGGAAGAUCCUGGCCGAGUACCUGGCGGAGCGGGCGCGCGAGGACGUGGAGUUCCAGCGCGUCUUCUACGUCGGGGACGGCGCCAACGACUUCUGCCCGGCCGGGACUCUGACGGCGGCGGACGUGGCUUUCCCCAGGAAGGGCUACCCCAUGCACAGGCUGAUCCAGGAGAGCCAGGAGAAGCAGCCCGGCGCGUUCCAGGCCGCCGUGGUGCCCUGGGAGUCGGCGGCGGAGGUGGCGCGGUACCUGCAGGAGCUGCUCCGCAGGAAAUGCUGAGGGGCGCGGCGGCUCCGGGCUCGGCGCCGCUCCCGGGAUCUUCUCCUGCCUUUCCCAGCUCCGUUCCUGGCCAGCGAAGCGCUUUCUGCAGGCCCCUGGCCCUGCCGGCCACGCCGCCGCGGCACAGCCGGCCCCCGCGCCCUUCGCCGACCUGACGGGGAUUUCUGGCGGAGUUUUGCUUCCUUUCCCUUUUGGCCUCGAAAGAGAAUUCCUAAAAAUCCAGCAGCCGGCUCCCCGCGGGCUGGGCACGUCCCUGCUCCUGCCAUCCUCCCGCUGGCCUGCCUGGCCCUGGGCUCCUGAUCCCGCUGGGAAUUCCGGCUGGGAAAUCCCUGCUCCCUGGGCUCCUGAUCCCGCUGGGAAUCCUGGAUAGGAAAUCCCUGCUCCCUGGGCUCCUGAUCCCGCUGGGAAUCCUGGAUAGGAAAUCCCUGCUCCCUGGGCUCCUGAUCCCGCUGGGAAUCCUGGAUAGGAAAUCCCUGCUCCCUGGGCUCCUGAUCCCGCUGGGAAUUCCAGCUGGGAAUCCCCGCUCCCUGGCCCCCCACACUCCUCCAAGCCUUGCUCCGGGGUUCGCUGUCCCUGGGUUCCUUCUCGGGCUGAACCGUGCCGGGAGCACCGGGCGGGCUCCGGGAAGGGGGCAGAGCCCCUGCAGCCCCAUCCCGCCCGGGCACGGGAGCCACAGGGGAGCGGGGCCCGGCCUCGCCCCUGCCAGCCCCGCUCCCCUCCCGCGGUGUCCCCGCGGUGUCCCCGAGUCCCCUCCCUGCCCCGAGCCGUCCCCUGGGUCGCGCAGGGCCCCUCCCGCCCCAGGCAGGGUCAAUUCCCCCUGUCCCGGGCACCUGCGAGGUGCCACCACCCCCCGGGGGACACUCCCCCAGAGGUGCCACCACCCCCCGGGGGACACUUCCCCAGUGGCCAACCCCCCCUCCCCGCCCGUGUCCCCCUCCCCACCGCAGUAUUAAUUAAUUACCCCUUCUAAUUGCACUCUGCAGGGGCAGCUCCAGCAGCCGCUGCUCCCUGGGGUUGGCUCCUCCUGGAUUUAUCCCGGGUUUAUCCCGGGUUUAUCCACAGCCUUACCGGCCCCCGGGGGCGGCCCCGGCUGCCCCGAACCCUCGGAACCCCAAACCCCGAUAGGAAAUAACCAAAGCAGCCCCGAGCUGUUCCCCGUCCGCGCCGCGCCCUCCCCGGGACCGCGCGGGACCCAAAGCCAUGGAUUAAAGACACGAACCCGAGCGACAGAA